AUGUCCCCAGAAUUACCAAACUUUGAUGGAGACUCCUCAACCCGUUUGCAGUACUCAGCGCACAAUCCUAUUGAGCAGUACGUUCUGCUAGCAAAAGGCGCUAAAGGAGCGGCUUGCAUGGAGUUGAUCAAGCAAGUUCUGGAAGCACCAGGAGUUCACGUAUUCGGUGAAUUGCUGGCGAUGCCCAACAUCCAAGAGCUGCAAAAUGGAUCACAUGCAAACUACUACAAUACGCUAAAUCUAUUUGCAUACGGCACGUAUCGACAAUAUCUCGAGAAUCAAGCCAAACUCAUUCAGCUGACACCGGCGAUGCAAAAGAAAUUACAGCAUCUGACUGUUGUUUCUCUGGCUAUCAAAAGCAAAUGUAUCCCAUAUAGUGAACUACUCGAUGAGUUGGACAUUAAGAAUGUGCGAGUGCUAGAAGACUUGAUAAUUGAAGCGAUUUACGCUGAUGUUAUCCACGGAAAACUGGAUCAAAAAAAUAAGCAGCUGGAAGUAGAUUAUGCGAUUGGACGCGAUAUCCGUAAGGGAGACGUAAAAGAAAUCGCUUCAAUACUACACGAGUGGAGCGAUUCUUGUGAGACAAUUUUACUCUGUCUUGAAACUCAAAUUAAUCGCGCCAAUACCGAAAAACAGAAACGUUUGAAGCAUAAAGAAGCAAUCGAACAAGAGAUCGCCAAUUUGAAGAAAGCCAUCAAGACACAAGCUGUCGAAACAGAUGAAGCCAUGGCUACAGACACCUGCAGAGAUAUUGUUGGAGGACUUGACCUGCGGAAAAAGUCAACUAAAUCCAAAAGCCUUAAAGGUUGCGGUCCAGGAAAGUCAGUAUCGAAAUGAUUGGCUUAAUCUCCCUACCAAGAAGAUCCAGGCGAAGCUACCCGAGGGCACUAAUGGGAUUUUAUUAACUUCUUAGUUUUCCUUUGCGAAUUUUCUUUAUUUCUUUCCCGAC